CCGGGGCCACUUAAAGAGCAGGCUGUGGAGGCGCGUGCGGACAGCAGGAGACACACCCACGUGGAGCAGCAGCAGCAGCUUCUCUCAGUGAGGACGCAAACACGAAGGAUUGGUGGAGGAUCCGCGGCUGCAGCAGCACAGAAGAGACUUCGAGAGGAGCCAAGAAUGACUGAGGGGCACCCUUUUCCCCUCGUGCAGGGAUCUUUCCUGAAAAUGGAAUUUGAGACUAUAAAGUCCUCUGUCGCAUUAAUUUACGAUGAGUUCAUCCAAAACGCAGACUCUCGCACCGAGAACUGGUUGCUCAUGUCGUCCCCUCUUCCUCAAACAAUCAUCAUCGCAGCAUACAUUUACUUUGUGAUUUCGCUGGGACCUCGCAUUAUGGAGAACCGCAAAGCCUUCGACCUCAAGGGGGUUCUCAUUGUCUACAACUUCAGCGUGGUCGCGCUCUCGCUCUACAUGUGCUACGAGUUUGUGAUGUCAGGGUGGGGCACGGGAUAUUCUUUCCGCUGUGACUUGAUUGACUUCUCUGAUUCGCCGCAGGGCUUGAGGAUGGCGGCAACAUGCUGGCUUUACUACUUCUCAAAGUUCAUCGAGAUGUUGGACACAAUUUUCUUUGUCCUGAGGAAGAGAAACAAGCAGGUGACCUUUCUCCACGUCUACCAUCACUCCAUCAUGCCCUUCACCUGGUGGUUUGGGGUUCGUUUUGCUGCAGGUGGUCUGGGUACUUUCCAUGCCCUGCUCAACUGUAUCGUCCACGUUAUCAUGUACUCGUACUAUGGCCUCACUGCCUUGGGCCCCAGCUACCAAAAGUACCUGUGGUGGAAGAAAUACCUCACAACCAUUCAGCUGAUCCAGUUCGUUAUGGUGACCACCCACAUCUCCCAGUACUUCUUUAUAAAGGAUUGCCCCUACCAGUUUCCCAUCUUUGUGUUCAUCAUUGGCCUGUACGGCCUGAUUUUCCUGUUCCUCUUCCUCAACUUCUGGUACCACGCCUACACCAAGGGAAAGCGGCUGCCGAAAGUGCUGCAGGCUCAGACAUGGGCACACCACUCCAACGGAGUCAUGAAUGGAAACGCCAAUCACGAAAAGGACGAGUGACGCACAACUGCGACGUUCAGGGGGUUUCAGGGUUGACCUCAUUUACGUAAGCAAACCACUGUGGUAGUCUCAAGAUUCAACCCUAAUUUGUUUGGACUGUUUUUCUUUUUAAUUGCUUUUCUACUUGCAACUACAAAAGAAAUAAGACAAUCUUUAAAUUUUUACCAAAGCUAUAUUAAAAACCUAAGCUGGAGGAUUUUUAUGUUAACAUUGAAGUUAAAUGUGUUGCGGUGGGAAAAGUCUUAUUCUCCCUCCUUUUUCUGCUACGGUACGGUUUGAAGAACUUUACUCCACUAUUCACACUGAAUACAUGGCUUCACCGAUUGCAAGACCACAGGACACUCUGCCCUACAGUCGGCCUGGACAUCCUCCUACUUCCAGAAGACUUUUUAGGAAAUCCAGUUUAAGAAUUUUAAGUUGUGCACUGAAAAGUUCUGG